AUGUAUCGGAAAUACUACCGCCACGCGGACUCAGAUACUGACUCGGAAGAAGAGUUCUACCAUCGUAUCCACCGUCGGCCUCGUGAAUCUCGUGAGAAGGUCAUCAUUGAAGAAACAAGGCGGCCUCGCUCUGCAUCCGUAGCCAAUCCAUACCGUGGUGGGGAUCCUCAUAUUUACAUAGAUAUCAAGAAUGAUCAAGGGGUGCAAGAAAACACCAAGCUAGCUGUGCCCCAGGCACCAGUUGGCCGGGCAAGAUCCGUCUCCCAACGGCGACCUGUCAUAGCCGACGCACUGAGUGACCUGGAGGAUGACAUUAUUCGUCACGAGCGCAGGGCUAUUCGUCGAUUGGAACGUGAAGAACCCUCUCGACGAGCGGAAAUCGAAGCCGAGAUUCGUUUAGAGAGGAUCAGGCAACGAGAGCGAGAAUUAGAUGACAUGAGAAAGGAAGAGGAUCGCUUGCGUCGUGAAGACCGCAUCCGCCAGGAGGAACGUGAACGCCUCAAGGGCAAUGUAAAUACUCCUGCACCGCCCCCUCCACCUCCACAGCCACAACCACAACCGCUAUUGCAAUUGCAACCGCAACCGCAACCGCAACCGCAACCACAACCACCACCUCGACAAGAGACAGAACUGGAACGAGAAAUUCGUAUUGCCAAAGAAGAGGAAAUUCGAAGUCUGAGACGAUGGAGGAAAAUGCAGGAAUAUAAGGAGAUGCAGGAGAUGCAGGAGAUGGGACGGCCAGAGAAGCGACCUGAACGUGAGGAACAGGGCUUGAGCCGACGAGAUAUCGAAAAGGAAAUGCAUUUUGAAAGGCUCAAGAAAAUGGAAAAUGAUGAGAUUGCCCGGCGAAAAAUGGAGGAUGCCCUCCUCAUUGAACGAAUGAAAGCCUUGGAACAGGAGCGUGAGGAGAAGGAGCACGAAAGGAAGAUCCGAGAGAAGAUCGAGGCUGAAAUCGCCCAGAAGGAGAAGGAAGAAAUGGAGCGACUGCAGAUGGAGGCGAAACUGAAAGCCAGUGCUGUUGAAGAGUACAAGAAGAGGGAGGCGGAACGGCUUGCAAAGCAACGAGAGGAGGCUGAGAAGGCCCAGAAGGAGUUUAAUGAUAAGCUAAACCAGUUGCUAGGUACUGCUGGUUUCUCGGAGGACAAAAUUAAUGCCAUCAAGCAAGGCAAGCAAAUUAAGGAGCUGGAGGUUGUCCAAGUCGAAAAACACGUACAUCACGGAAAGCAUAAGUCGAUAGAAGACGAGGAGGCAUUUGUCAAGGUUCACCGCCGCUAUCUCGAACCUCGAAGUCUCGAUGAAUUUGGCCUGACAUGGGAAUUUGAUCCUAACGAUGCCGAUUACAUGCUUAUCUACCACUCCCUCAGCCAAACGGAGCAAGACAGACUCUUUGACCAUACCCGCAAACUACGCGGACAGCGUGUCCUUACUGCUUCUCCCCACAACGGCCCUGUUACAGUUGAGAUGAAAGUCAAUGACAAAAAGAAAGACGGCUUAUACCUUGUCAGGAAGAAGCAGGACCGGAGAGGUUUAUUUUGGUAG